AUGAUGCAAACUGAUGAAAACGAAGGGUUUUAUUUGAUCGAAGAGCUUGAUAUUCCCUUUGAAGAAGAAAUUCUACGCAACCCUUACACAUUAAAAUCAUGGCUUCGAUAUAUUGAUCAUAAAUCUGAACAACCACUACAACAACAAAUUUUUGUAUAUGAGCGUGCUCUUAAAGAAUUACCUGGUUCUUAUAAAUUAUGGAAGAAAUACUUAGACCUUCGUAGAGAACACGUUCAAGAGUUAAAUCCCGUUAGAUUUGAAAAAGAAUAUUUGAAAGUCAAUAAUUGUUUUGAGAGGGCAUUAAUGCCUCGAAUUUGGUUAGACUAUUGUAGUUUCUUAAUGAAUCAGUGUAGAAUCACCAAAUCACGUAGAACCUUUGAUCGUGCAUUAAAAGCAUUACCGAUCACACAACAUCCAAGAAUUUGGGAGUUAUAUUUAAAAUUUGCUAAAUCAGUUGGAGGUGAAACAGCGAUUCGAUUGUAUCGAAGAUAUCUUAAGUUGGAACCAGACCGUGUCGAAGAAUAUAUCGAUUUGUUAUUAUCACUUAAUCGAUACGAUGAAGCUGCCAAACGACUUGCUCAGGUUGUUAAUAACGAUCGAUUCCAAUCAAUGUCCGGAAAAUCCAACUAUCAAAUGUGGAUGGAACUUUGCGAUUUGGUUUGUGAAAAUCCAUACGAAAUCAAAAGCUUAAAAGUCGAGUCUAUUAUACGAAGUGGAAUUCGUAGGUUUACAGAUCAGGUCGGAAGAUUGUGGAAUUCUUUGGCGAACUAUUGGAUAAAAUUAGGACACUUUGAAAAGGCAAGGGACGUAUUUGAAGAGGGUAUUAAUACUGUAAUGACUGUAAGAGAUUUUACGCAAAUCUUUGAUACAUAUGCGAAAGCUGAAGAGACUGUCAUUGAAAAAAAGAUGGAAGAAACAGCAGAGAGGGCAGAAAAUGGAAUAGAUGAUCCACAAGCAGAUUUAGAGUUAGAUUUAAGGCUGAUGCGAUUUGAACAAUUGAUGGAUCGUAGACCUUUUCUGGUUAAUGAUGUCUUGUUGAGGCAAAAUCCAAAUAACGUCCAUGAAUGGGAAAAAAGAGUGGCGUUAUGGAAAGAUAAUCAUACUAAGGUUGUUGAAACGUAUACAAAGGCAAUGAGAACCAUUGACCCAAAAAAAGCCACGGGAAAAUUCCAUGGGUUAUGGGUAAACUUUGCUAAAUUUUACGAACAAGGUGGUGACGUUGAGAAUGCUCGUACGAUCUUUGAGAAAGCUAUUCAUGUUGAUUUUAAGAACGUUAACGAUUUGGCUGCAUUAUGGUGCGAAUAUGCUGAGAUGGAACUACGAUUUGAAAAUUACGAUAAAGCCAUAGAUGUUAUGGGUCGUGCCACAGUUCCUCCUCGUAAUCCAAAUGUAGAUUUUCGUGAUGAGAGUUUACCCGUCCAGCUACGCGUUUUUAAAUCAAUAAAGUUAUGGUCAUUUUAUGUUGAUCUCGAAGAAAGUAUCGGCACGGUAGAGUCUACUAGAGCGGUAUACGACAGAAUAUUAGAAUUGAAAAUCGCUAAUCCUCAAAUAAUAAUUAACUAUGCAAGUUUUUUAGAGGAAAAUCAAUAUUUUGAAGAGAGUUUUAAGGUUUAUGAACGUGGUGUAGAACUGUUCAAUUAUCCCAUUGCAUUCGAGAUUUGGAAUGUAUACUUGACAAAGUUUAUUAAUCGAUAUGGAGGCUCCAAGCUAGAACGCGCUAGAGAUCUGUUUGAACAAGCACUUGAAAAAUGCCCUCCUAAAUACGCUAAACCGUUAUAUCUUAUGUACGGUAAAUUAGAAGAAGAUUAUGGUUUAGCACGACACGCGAUGCGUAUUUAUGAUCGUGCAACCAAAUCAGUAUCUGAUGAGGAUCGAUCCGAGAUGUUCAAUUUUUAUAUCGCCAAAGCUAGUGCCAAUUUUGGUGUAACAUAUACUCGUGAAAUUUAUGAAAGAGCGAUUGAAGUUUUACCAGAUAAAGAAGCUAAAGAUAUGUGUUUGAAGUAUGCUGAAUUGGAGCGUAAAUUGGGAGAAAUUGAUAGAGCGAGAGCUUUAUAUGCCCAUGCAUCCCAAUUUUGCGACCCAAGGACGGUACCAUCAUUCUGGCAAACUUGGAAGGAAUUUGAAGUCAAGCAUGGUAACGAAGAUACAUUUAAAGAAAUGCUUCGAAUCAAGAGAAGUGUAUUAGCUCAAUAUAACACCGAG